GCCCACAGAUUCGUUGAAAGAACUGGUCAUCGCGAUUCGCGUACGGCUUAUAUUUUGUAGUAGCGAAGAGAGAUCAAGUUUCAAAAAAAACGUCACCACGCCGGAACUGUAAGGGAUAAGGUUAUAAACGACUUCAGUAGUAGCAGCGGGUUGCUACAUUGUAUUAUUAUUUUUUUUGCAGGGAUGGAGGUGACUCGACAAAAUUUUAAAGACAGUUUAACGACUGUGUAUAGCGCCAUAGAAGAAGCAGAUUUUCUUGCUAUCGAUGGAGAAUUUUCAGGUAUUAGUGAUGGGCCGAACGUCAGCGCUUUAACUAACGGUUUGGAUACGCCAGAGGAGCGGUACAUGAAGCUAAAGAAGCACUCCAUGGACUUCCUGCUGUUUCAGUUUGGACUGUGCACGUUCACAUAUGACGAAGCAGCGUCUGAGUACGUCAUUAAGACUUUUAAUUUUUAUAUAUUCCCCAAGCCGUUCAACAGAACCUCGCCGGACAUAAAGUUCAUCUGUCAGAGUUCCAGCAUUGAUUUUUUGGCCAGUCAGGGUUUUGACUUCAACAAAGUGUUCCGUCACGGGAUCCCGUACCUGAACCAGGAAGAGGAAGUGCAGCUGAGAGAGCAGUAUGAGGAGAGGCGGAAUCAGAGUAACGGUUCUGGAACGACCUCCUACAUCUCCCCAAACGCCAACAAGGGUCUUGGCGGCGUGCCGGAGGAGCACAGGGAUUACAUUAAGCGUGUGAUAGAGAAGGUGGAGUCUCUGUUCACUACCUCAGAGAAGACGGUGGAUCUGGAUCCUUGCACCGGGUUUCAGAGGAAGCUCAUCUAUCAGACACUCAACUGGAAGUUUCCUAAGGGGCUGCACGUGGAGACUUUGGAGACAGACAAGAAGGAACGCUACAUUCAGAUCAGUAAGGUGGACGAUGAGGAGAGGAAGAGGAGAGAAAGGCAAAAACAGGAGAGGGAACAGGAGGAGCUGAACGACGCGGUGGGAUUCUCCCGGGUCAUUCACGCAAUCUCCAAAUCUGGAAAGUUGGUGGUCGGCCACAACAUGCUGUUGGACGUAAUGCACACGAUCCAUCAGUUCUACUGUGUUCUGCCGGAGGACCUGAACGACUUCAAAGAGGUCACUCAGUGUGUCUUUCCCAGACUGUUGGACACUAAGCUCAUGGCCACCACCCAACCUUUUAAGGAGUUGAUCAACAACACGUCUCUAGCAGAGCUACAGAAACAGCUGAAGGAGAGUCCGUUCAAACCCCCCAAAGUCGUGACAGCAGGGGGGUUUCCCAGCUAUGACACUGCCCAGGAACAGCUUCACGAGGCAGGCUACGAUGCCUACAUCACGGGCCUUUGCUUCAUCUCCAUGGCCAACUACCUAGGCACUUUCCUGACGCCUCCCAAAGGCCACAUCCCGGCUCGGUCCAAACUCAUAGAACCUUUCUUCAACAAACUGUUCCUAAUGAGGAUAAUAGAUAUUCCCUACCUCAACAUCAGUGGUCCAGACCUCCAGCCCAAGAGGGAUCAUGUCCUCUAUGUGACGUUUCCUAAAGAGUGGAAGACAAGUGACCUCUACCAGCUUUUCAGUGCCUUUGGUAACAUCCAGGUGUCGUGGAUUGAUGACACGUCAGCGUUCGUGUGUCUGAGUCAGACGGACCAGGUGCAGAUCGCGAUGAACACUAGUCGCUAUGCGGAGAGCUACCGUAUCCAAACAUAUGCGGAGUACCUCCAGGGAAGACGGCACGUCAGGGAGAACCAGGCCCAGGGUUCCCAGGCCUGGGGUGAAGACGGCUGGGUUAAACCACACUACGCCCCCGUCCCCGGGACAGCCGCUGGGGAUUACAGGUCAUCCUCAGGGAAGCGGAGCAUUAGUCCCAUCCAGGAGGAGCAAGCUCAGACCACACCCACGGAUGGCUGGAGUGGCAACACACACACUCACACACACCCCGACCAGGGCAGCAAGAAGAUAAAGACUGAUGGGCUGUGUGUACGGACAUAUGCUGGCGUGGUGGACAGCCGAACGUCCGAAGGAUGGCUGAAGACCCAGUCUGGAUCGGACUCGUCAAGCAUGAGUCCAAUCCAGGAAGAGACGGCGGAAGAAACCAGUGAAACGGCAGGAGGCGCCUGGCAACAGCAGCCUUCGGCCAAUCAGAGCAAGAAGGGCCGCAAGGUCAAGAAGAGGAAGACGGACGACGCGGAGACCACGUCGCUGUUCGACGUUCCUCAGGUGUGGUAGUGACGGACGUGGGCUGACGGCUCCGAUCCAGGGUGCUCUCCCAACCGCCUUGAUUCCUACUUUCUACCCUUGGCCCCUUGACCUCCUUCAACCACGGACGAGGCUUGGAACUGGGCCUGAACUGCUCUUAUGUGACUGGCUGAGAGAAUCCAUAUAAAAAAAAA